AGAAACUUAUAAGACAAAAUGCAAUUCAAGACCGUCAUUAUCGCUUUAACUGCCAUCACUGCUGCUUCUGCUGCUACCAACGCUACCAACAAGAGCAACGAAACCACCACCACCGAAGCCGGUGCCGCUGCUUUAGCCAACGUUAACGUUGUUGGUGCCGCUGCCGCUGCCGCUGCUGGUCUCGCUUUAUUAUUCUAAAUUUAACUGAUAGAAGAAACUGAGUAACACAGGUUGGGUUCAAUGAAACGGUAAUGCUACUACAAUGUAACAGUGGACCCCGAUAGCCUGGUGAUUACCUUAAUUAUUUGUUUUUUUUAGGAGAAAUGGGCCUUUUUAAUUUAUAUGUAUUUUGGCUGAUAAUAAUAUUAAUGUAUUUUGCUUGUUUUUAUUUGCUUAAUUUAUCGGAAGCUGCUAGCAAUACACUAAGAUUGCGCAGUUGAAUCUUGCUGCAGCUGGUUUAUUGUGGCACCUCCAUUAGUUUAGUUCUUUUUGUUUUAGGAAAAUGUUUAAAUAUACAUUAUACAU